UGUGAUGAUCUGUUUGCUGCAUGGGGCCCUUCCAUACGGCUGGGUCGACCCUGGGGUCACACCGCCCGCAGACCUACCAGGCAGUGGGUGUAUCACGGACCGCGGUUCCUGUGGAUGCUGCUUGAUGCUGAGAGAGGUGAACAGAAUGUCAACGUACUUCAACGCGACGUUGAACGCGUUGGAGAAGGAUUACGCGCAAGCGAAGCGCAGCGUGGAGAAGAUCGAAGCCAGCCGCGGCGCCUUCUCCGUCGCGCUGACCGAUCAACCUUACUUCUUCUGCUUCGGCCCCUUCACCUCCGAGAAGCUCGUCACCUACCAGCACGUCUUCAUCAACCUGGGCGGCGGCUACGACCCGGGCACCGGCGUCUUCACCGCGGCGCAGUCGGGCGUCUACAGCCUGGCCCUCACCGUGUUCGGGGACGCCGGCGCGCCCGGGGUCCCGCUGGCCGCCUGCGCCGACCUGCUGGUCAACGGGCGCGCGGUGGCCGGGGCCCGGGAGAGGAACGCGCAGGACCAGGAGGACAGCGCCUCCACGGUGCUGGCCCUGCACCUGAACGCCGGGGACAAGGUGGCCGUCAGCCUGCCCGUCGGGUGCUCCCUCUGCGGCGACGUGGGCCACUUCAACACGUUCAGCGCCUUCCUGCUUUAUCCCACCGAAUGAGUGGCGAGGGGCGCGCGCGGCGGUGGUUUCAGUGCCCGUACGACCA